AUGAACACUGCUGAAUGCAUUAUUGGCCCAAGGAACCAGCCUAAACCAAUUCAAGAAAACAAAAAACCAACAAGAGAGAACCAGUUGCAUUCACCAGGUACAGAUCUAGGCUUAUUUGAGAUGGAGGAGGGAGUCGUGUCUCCCUUUCUGAAUGGUAUCAGCAAACAAGGCCAAAUGAGCACUCAAGAGGACGACAUUCUGUUGGAGGCAGAAGACGAGAUGGAGAACCCUUCGCCCAGAUCCACUUCGCUUUAUCAUGUCAUGCGAGAAUUGGAGAAAGUCAAAAAAGAAAACCAGCAACUCAAGCGUACUAUUUCUGAAUUGAUACGACAACAACACAGUCACCAAGUUUUAUGA